AGUUCACAUAAUUUUUUAUCUGUGUCUUGGUGGUUGAUGUUUUAUACCCAGGCGCCUUAUGGUUAAUUAAUUUAAUUUGUUUAUUUUUCGAAUUGUUUAUCUAGUUGUUUAAAGUGCGUUUAUAUACAAAUACUUCUUGCUUUGCAAAAAACCUCAUACAAGAAGAUGACGGAAUACGGCAAAUUUGGUCCUUUAGUUGGUGCCAUUGACGAGGGCACAUCAAGUGCGCGAUUUAUAUUAUUCAAAGCAAACUCUUUGGAAGUGGUUACAUACCACCAGAAAGAACUCGAACAAAUCUUUCCGCAAGAAGGAUGGGUGGAACAGGACCCUAACGCUAUACUGGAGGUCGUAACAACAUGCAUAAACAAAGCUGUGGAGAAAUUGAUUGCUCUAGGAGGAAAUCCGAAGGAUGUAAUAGCAGUGGGAGUGACAAAUCAAAGAGAAACAACAAUUGUCUGGGAGCAAAGCACUGGCAAGCCCCUUCACAAUGCUAUUGUAUGGUUAGAUAUGAGAACCUCCUCCACCAUUGAUAAGCUGCUAGACACGGUGCCUAAUAAGACAAGGAACAAGAAUUACUUGAAGCCUUUAUGUGGUCUUCCCCUUUCACCGUACUUCAGUGCUGUGAAGUUGCGGUGGCUGAGUGAUAAUGUUGACUCGGUUAAAGUUGCUAUGAAAAAAGGAAGUUGUCGUUUUGGCACUGUUGACACUUGGAUUAUUUGGAAUUUGACAGGUGGUCCAAAUGGCGGAAAACACAUAACAGAUGUAUCAAAUGCAUCAAGAACUAUGUUGAUGAACAUAGAGAAUUUGAACUGGGACCCGCUCCUGAUGCGGUUCUUUGAAGUGCCUAAAUCUGUUCUGCCUGAAAUUAAGUCAAGUUCUGAGAUAUAUGGCUACAUAUCAGAUGGUCCUCUGAAAGGUGUUCCAAUAUCUGGUUGUCUUGGAGACCAACAAGCCGCGUUGGUAGGGCAAAUGUGCCUUCAGAAGGGCCAAGCCAAGGCGACUUAUGGUACUGGGUGCUUUGUGUUAUACAAUACAGGUGAUAUUCGUGUGAAUUCGAGCAGAGGUCUAUUGACAACAAUUGCUUACCAACUAGGAAGUAAUAAUCCACCAAGCUAUGCGUUGGAGGGUUCGGUAGCUGUUGCUGGUGCUGCUUUAGGUUGGUUGAAAGACAAUAUUGGUCUAUUGGAUAAUGCGAAGGACUCCCAAAAUAUCGCCGAGAACGCUAAAGAUAAUGGCAGUGUUGUAUUCGUGCCGGCUUUCAGUGGGCUCUAUGCACCCUAUUGGCGACAGGAUGCAAGAGGUGUGAUCUGUGGCAUAACAGAAGACACGAAUUCUAAUCAUAUUGUAAAGGCAGCGUUGGAAGCAGUUUGCUUCCAAGUAAGGGAUAUAUUGGAUGCUAUGAAUGAGGAUUGUGGUAUACCUCUACAGUUACUCAAGGUGGAUGGAGGUAUGACUGCCAACGCUCUACUAAUGCAGAUGCAGGCCGACUUAAUAGGGAUAAACGUGAUUAGGGCAGGCUUUGCCGAAAGCACUGCUUUUGGGGCGGCUAUGGUCGCUUAUUGGGGGGUAGAGACAAGCAAACAGGGAGUCGCGAUACCUGUGACUAUAGGUAACACGUACGUACCUAGUAUCACGGAUGACGAGCGUGACAUGAGAUACAAGCAGUGGAAAAUGGCCGUCGAUAGAUCCUUGGGAUGGGAACAAAAUUAAACGCUGAAACAAUUUAGUUAUUAGGAGCAGUGUGGAUGCUUCUUAAUAUUCCAGUAAUGUUUUCUAUAUUUGUUUUCUGAGGCUUAUAAAUACAACUCAUACAAUUCAAAAAACACAUGACGAUCACUACUAGAGAAAUUAUAUUGCUAUAAGAAAAAAAUCAUGUUUGCCAUUUCUAUGGCAAUAUUAGCAGAAAUGAUACAGAUUUUUCUGGUGACUGUACUAAUGUACUAAAAUGUAAUUUUUCGUUAUCAUUUCUAAGUCUGUUAUAUUUUGGUGUGCAGUUUUAUUACCAAAUAUAAAGAAAUGUUGCCGGCUUUUGAAUAUAAAAUAUUGUGGAUUUAACAAGUAUCAUCAGAAUAAUGAAUGUAGAUCCCGAGAUGUACGAUAGGGUUUUUAGAACAUUCCACAUUGUGCAAAAUUCGUGUAAAUUGGCAACAUAGAUGUGUAUUUUUGAGAAGUGGCAAUAAGCGCAAAAUACUUCAAUGUCCAAGUCACACAAAAUAAAAAGCAAUAUAUUAUCAUGUUUCAUAUAAAGACUUAAGAGACAACUUGUUUUUUUUUCUGACGCUACGGCGGUUAUGAUAGAUGCCUCACAGUCGCAUUUUUAAUUUUCCACCCAGCAUAUAAAAUCUCUUUUGAUAAUAUUAUGUGAUGCUAUUCUAUUUAUUUAAUGGGAACAUAGGCGCUAAUAGUAUGAUUAGUUUUAGAAUAUUAUCUAGUUAUAAAGGAUAUGUAUAGCCUGACUAGGAAAAUAAAAAACCUGCUCUAGCGGCGCCACUUUCGCUUUUCCGUUUUAAAAUUAAUGUUGACAGUGUGUGAAAUUAAUUCCUCAUUUUACCACUACAUGGUCAGGUUUCUUAUUUUCCUGGUCAGGCUAAAGAGGUCAUAGCUCUGGAAAUAAAACUUAUGAAUAUUAACUGUACAAAAAAAGCAAACUUGUAUUCUAAUGACAAAUUACUUAUCAGGGUAAAUUGUUCGUACAUGGUUACUAAUAAUUUUCAUUUUUUAGAUUUUAUUUUUGAUUGUAAAAACGAACGAUUAGUUUUAUCAAUAUAAUAUGGUAGUAUUGAAAUAAAAGUAUAAGUUAGUAACGUCAAAGUGACGAAUUUUCAGAGAUAUAUAUUUUUUUACAAUUAUAUUUUUGUGCGGAAUCUGUGCGAAAAAGAUGAUUUACUGAUAUUAUUUUGUACUACUGAUUGUACCGCUGAACCAAUUUUGAUGGGACUUUCGCCCACGAGUAUCAAGGUCAAAUUAUAUUGAUUAAAAACGAAUCAUAUAUUUAUCUAUCUAUUUAUUUAUUUUGCACUGCAUACAAUCACAUUUUGUACAUAAGCUGACUUAAUGCCGUAGAAAUUCUCUAGCAUGUUGUCUCUACAUUAGUAUUUUUUUCUACUUGUUUUAUUUUUAGAAUGCUGAUAUCGUUUCGAUAAUUUGGAAUAGUUUGGUAAUUAAAAAUUGUCAAAAGAUCGAAAAUAAUUUUAUAAGGAAAUUAUUAGUAAAUCUUUGCACUUUCUCCUGUGCUGCCAAGUAUGGAACGAAUGGUCAAGAUCACUUGCUUAGAGAGGGGUCUUAAGUAGCCUGGACCCUUACUCGAGUAUGUUAUUUUGUACAAUUCGUUGCACCGCGCAUGCGCAUGCGAAGAAAUGAAAACUGUACCACUAGUAGUAUUACUUUGCUAAGCCUAUAUCAAUAUCUAUUGUUCUAGAAUAUAUUUACAGUUAUACUACGAAUACGAUGCAGUUAUGAUACAACGUUCAGGGGCCUUAUUCUCUAUCCCGCACGUUAUUUUAACAGUGCGUAACAAGCACGUAACACAACGCGUCAAGUUUAGGACUAUAGAAAUUUGGCUUACAGAAUACUAUUCCACGCACAUUUCUCGAAGAUAACAUGACACGGCCGCGUUACGCGUUUACACUAUCAUACAGAAUAAGGGCCCAGGGUUUGACUUAUGUUUUGGACAGUUUUUAUUUUAAUGUUGAAAACGUUGGUUCUAGCGAUACCAAUGUAUGUAUAAAGGUUGAAAUAUAGUGUCCACGCUCUUGUAUCUGUACCUGUUAUGUAAAGAUGUAUUGAAUAUAUAAUAGUAUUUUAUGUACAGGUAUCAUUAUUCAGGUGUCAGGGUUCCGUAGCAACGGACAUUUAAUAGUCUAGCGGACGGCACUCUCAUGUCAAAAAGUUUAUAUCAAAAUAACUCGAAAAUCUAGGCCAAAUUCUAAAAACAAUUCUAAAUAUUGAAUCAAAUGUAACAGACACGAAAAGCGGAAACCGCUUCUAUACUUGAAAACUGUUAUGAAAUAAUAAUUAUGUGUGCAUUUCAUUUUAAUUUUAGAAGUAAACUUUAUAUGUGAAUUGACAUCUUGAUUGCCGGAAAAUAGCGGGGUGUACUCAGUUGUCAGUUGAACUCAUUUUAGUGGCUCUGUGUCCGUCCGUACGUCAAUCAUUUAAUUAAGAAAUUACUAUUUUUGUAGCGAUGAAAGUUAGGAUAUAACGGUAAAGGCCAUUUACGGUAGCUACGUGGAAACGGUUCCAGGAGGUAUUGGAUUGUUGAAUUUAUUAAAUGUAUUUUUAAAUUCUGGACUUCAAAGGGAACUCUUGUAGGAUAACUUUGUUGUGUAUCUGUGUUUCUGUUAAGACACUUCUCAGGGACGCGUGGAGGUUUCAAUUUGGAAUUUGUAUCAAGUAUUUGGGUUUACGGUAACUCAAUCGUGAAAUAAUCACUUGUAAAUUACUUAUGUAAUAUAUUUAUCGAUUUCACAAGUUCAUAAAAACCUAUUAUAGAACACUUCCCGUUGACCUAGAAUCAUGAAAAUUGGCAAGAAGCAACAUGUUAAGGCAUUUGAAAACUGUAAAUAUUUACUUUAAUAAGAAAAAUAACAAUUGUACGGAACGUUCGGUGCGCUAGUACUCCUCGCACUUGUCCGGUUUUUAAUUAAUCUUUUGUACUUUGUAGUAUCCGCUACGGAACGAGUUACCCGACAUUCAUUGCUUUUGUUUAAGUUUUAACUUUGACUAGGUGAAAGCCUUAAAGUAAUAUAAGAACUGUUUUGAAGUACAAGAUAAUUGUUUAUUGUAAGCAUUAAGCUAUAUAUCAGUAGGUAUUUAUGUGCAAUGUUAUAGAUAAUACUAUAUACACCUAUAGAUAUAUUAUAAAAUACACGCUUUACAAUGCAAUACAGAUCGUGCCUUGUCAUAUUUAUUUAUUGUUAUUUUAUAUUUAGUGAAGACAAAAUAUUGUCAAUUAUUUUGUUAAAGUGCAAUACAUGUAAGGUCAGUGGGCCUUAUUUCGUCUACGUGGGUAUAUCCGUCUUUUUGCAAUCACGAGCAUUCCAAACGAAGGGCAGCUUCGAUAGCCGUAUAUGUAGAGGAGAAAGAAAGGCAAAGUCCCCAUAUUUACCUAUACGGCCAUCAAAACUCCUAUUAGAAUGCCCGUGAUUGCAAAAAGACGGAUAUACCCACGUAGACGGAAUAGGGCCCCCUAACCUUAUUCAUAUUUAAGUGUUAUAAAGUUGUAGGUUAUUAUAAUAUUGUAAAAAGUAUAUUAAUGUAAAGUUGGGCAAGGGGCGCCGAGGUGAUUGAUUUAUAUAAAAUUUUAACGACACAAAAUAUUACAUAUUAUAAUAUGUAAUUGUUUUUAAAUGAAAAAAUAAAGUGCUAUAAUAUAUAACUGUUCUGAGCUCCGCCUCGCCCAGCUUCCCGACAAUAAUUCACGCUUGCAGUCCUCGCUAGGUAACUAUGCCGCUCUGAAGUUAGUCACGAGACGUGUGUGGCACCGAUUGUGAGUUUACAGAUGUAUAGCGAGCGUGAUGUGACUAACUUCAGACGGUCAAAUUAUUAUCAAGCGAACUGUAAACCCGUUUAGAUUGCUUAUUUAUCGCAUGUCUAUAAUUAUUGACAUAUAAAUACAAUUGUUAUAUCUAA